AUGUCCGACUUCAAACCCUCCAAAGUCCUCAUAAUAGGCGGCACCGGCACCAUCGGCUCCUACAUAACCUCCUCCCUCCUGUCCACCUCCUCCCCAAAACCCUACAGCACAUUCACCCUCCUCACCCGUCCCGGCUGGGACUCCUCCUCCUCCUCUUCCGACCCCUCCUCCAAAAAAGCCAAACUCAUCACACACUGGCAAUCCCAGGGCCUUCGAGUCCUAACAGGCGACGUAGCCUCCCUCUCCCCCUCGGCAUUCACCCAUCUUUUCGAUGAGAACAACUUCGACACCAUCAUCUCCUGCCUCGGGCGCGCCACGCUGCAGUACCAGCCGAAAAUAAUCGACGCCGCGGAGCAGAGCACCAGUGUGCAGUGGUUUUUGCCGAGCGAGUUCGGCACGGAUGUGGAACAUAAUGCGGACAGUGCGCGGGAGCCGACGCAUGUGGGGAAACUGGCGCUGAGGAAACAUAUCAGGGAACAUGUGAGCAGGUUGAAGGUCACGUAUGUGGUUACGGGGCCGUACUUUGAUAUGUGGCUUUAUCCUACGCCUGGGUGUGAGCAGGCGGGGGGGUUUAAUAUUGAGGGAAAGAAGGCGUAUGUCGUUCAGAAUGAAAAGGGUGAAGUUGGAAGAGUUGGGUUUUGUACCAUGUGGGACGUCGGCAAAUUCGUCACCGCCACUCUCCGCCAUCCCGCCCAAUCCUUUGGCAAAGCCCUCAAGGUACAAUCCUUCGUCGUUAACCCCCAGGACGUCCUGAAGGAGUUCGAAAAGCAGACCGGCUCCAAGUUCGACGUCACCUACACCACUGUCGACGAGAUUAAGAAUCUCGAGAAUGUUCUCUGGGACAAGAACAGCGACAAGCCGCAGCCUAAGCCCCAGGCCACUCCCGUCACGCUGCGCAGGAUCUGGGCCACGGGCGGCACGCUGUAUGACAAGGAUGACAAUGACGUGUUGGAGGUGAAGAAGGAGGACUUGGAUACUUUGGAGGAUGGCGUGAGGAGGUAUUUGGCUGGUGGGUAUAAGGCCGAGACGUUUGGGGUGGAGGCUUGA